AAGUUGGUCAUGAACAAAUUCUUAAAUUUUAUGGAUCUCCAGGACAAUCAGAGGAGCGAAAGUGUGAUGAUAUACAUCACCCAGAGAUCUGUUCAUACCAGUUAACUAAGUUAAUGCAGCAUAUUGUGUCUUGUGAUGUAAAGGUGUGUGGGUCCUCAGAGAUUCAAGUGGCUUCUGUGAAUCCACAACUGGGAAAAGCUGUUGAUGACUGGGAAACCUUACCAAAGGACAACCUCAGUUAUAAAGUACAGGAGGCAGUAAAAACAAACCUGGAGAAAGGAUUUACUUUCUUGUUCCUUAGAUGUGGAUAUAUUUAUCAAGCCUUGAGUUUUCCUCCCAUCCUUGAGGAAAAUGAAAAUGCAAAAGGUAGAAGUGCUAUCAAUGUAAAUAUUAUUAUGCUGGACUCUGUCUCAAGACCACACUUUUAUCGGAUUAUGCCAAAAGCUACAAAGGCUUUGCCGAAGAUAAAGGAAGAUUCUACAAUCAUGGCCACGUUCCUGGACUUUGAACUUGUGCAAAGCAUUGGUCAACAGACUUUUGAAAACUUAAGACCAUUCUUCAGUGGUGUCCUGAAAGAUGACAAUGAAGUUAUUGCCUCUGCAAGCAAUAAAAAGGCUCCUUUGGGCGUGGAAGUGCUGUAUGGGGCCUUCAAGAAGUGGGGCUACCAGACACUGUUUCAAGAAGACCUUUGCUGGUACGACAUAUGGGGGACUGCAUUAACAGAUAACGAAAGGAGAAAAGUGCCUGAAACAAAUUCUGAUUACAAACAGAGGAUGAAAGAAUUUCAGGAACAGAUGACCAAGAAAAUGGUUGACCAUUUUGGUAUCACACAUUUUUCCUGCACUGUGUUGAACAGAAUUGGAAGGACCAAUCAUUAUGACAGUCCUCAGAAAGUCUGUCUCAAUGGGCAGUUUUACAGCUGGUACUUCUUUGACUACAUAAGAAAGGUGUAUACUGCCUUAGAAAACAACAGAAAAGCCAAACCAUUGUUGUCAUACAUGCAUUUCAACACGGGACACGAGAUGACAGGGACACGGAUGAUCAACAUGGAUGCCGGUAUGGCAAAGUUUUUGACGGAUAUGGCCUUAUUUCCAGACACCUUGACUGUUAUUUUUUCUGACCAUGGUCACAAAAUGACUCCAUUCAGUUACACUGAAGAGGGAAGGAGAGAGUUAUUUGAUCCUGUGUUCUUCAUGAUCAUACCCGAUGGUGUUAAGGAGAAACUGGGUCGAGAAAGGAUGGGAGCCCUGGUAACAAACCAGAAGCGCAUCUUUAUGUUGUACGAUGUUCACAAUGCAUUCAUGAGUUUGCAUGAUUCUCAGAAUAAGGACUCUAGCAAUCAUUUAGUGUCAGGAAUAUUUUCAGAGAUUCCAGCAAACCGCACCUGUGCACACUUGUACAUGCUUCCCUUAACCAGAUGCAAGUGUGAAGGUUUUGAUGAAGCGAUUCCAGUAAAGGACAAUGCAGAUGAUCACAUUUGGUUGGCAGAAUUUGCUGUUGGAUACAUAAAUGAUGCUAUUCAAAAGCAAUACAUGGACGGAAAUGGUGAUGCAAAGAACAAAUAUGGCUACGGAAACUGCCAGCGCUUGGUUGGAAAAUCAUUUGAAAAGAUUAUCAAGCGAUUCCGUGGAGAAUACAUCUUGACUACCAUGGACAUUCAUGUGGUCCCUCCUGUCGGAUUAACAGAGGAUGAAGUUUAUAAAGUCUCUCUUAAACAGUUUGCCAAACCACAACAAGGAGUAUUUUUUCUCAGUUCUGUCCGGGUAACGAUGUAUAACAAGUUUGCCUCGUGUGUAGAUAAAUCUGUGGAUAUCAAGCUCUGCCUAUGCGCCAAAGAGCAAACCACAGACGCCAACAAGAAAGAAAUAUUUUUUCAGAAUGGAAUUCCUCGCAAAAUGUUUGGUUCGGACACAACUGUGAGAGACUUGGAUUCGAACUGUUUGUUAUUCUUGCGACGGAAUUAUGGGUCGUUUUCAUUUGGGUUAGAAGUGGCAAAUGUUUGCCCAAAUCGAACGUAUACAUUUAAACUAACAGGCUCUAUGGAUCAAAGGAUAUUCUCUAAGAGUUUACCUGUUGGGCUGGAGUUAUUCCCGAAGACAUUUCAUUUUUUGACCUCUGUAUACAAGUACCUCUCAAAAGUAAACGAUCCUUUAGAAUUAAAAGCAAGUGUAAGGGUUAAGAAGGAUGGAACAAACACUUUUACUAAUUUGGGGAUCUUCAGUGUUACAUGA